AAGCGAUUCUUUUGCCAAGCCGACAACAAUUGGAGAGUCUGGUUAACUUCGUGCGUUACGACUGUUAAUACGCUUCACUGGAAUUACGGGUUGGACACCCGAGAAGAGACAGCAUUCUUCAUGCACUUUUUCAAAGGAAGCAGACACUUGAAGCUGCUGAGAGAGAAGCAUAUUGACAUUUUUUUUUUGCAUAACGCACUCAAUACAACAAUCUUGACUGACUCGAAUUCAUCAGUCCGCUGAUGAUGAGGAGCAUGCUGGUCAAAAGAGAAUGACAGCUCCCACGUCUACAUUGGAAACUCUGUUUCAGCUCAACACCACCCAAGAACAUGCAUGCCUCAACCAGACACGCAGGGACAGCGACGAGUUCAAAUAUAUGGCAUACACCAUCACGUACAGUGUUGUAUUCCCUAUUGGAUUCAUCAGCAACGUAUUGGCUUUGGUCGUGUUCCUGCGUUUCACCCCGAAGAAGACCGCCAACACGGUUUUUAUGACCAACUUGGCCAUUUCAGAUGCUAGCUUCUCCUUGACUUUGCCCUUCCGCCUGGUGUACUACUUCAGGGGCGGUCAGUGGGACUUCCCAGACUGGUUUUGCCGCUGGUGUGUAUUUUGCUUUUACGUGAACCUGUACACAAGCGUAUUGUUCCUCACUGGCCUUAGUGUACUACGGUACCACGCCGUGCUUCACCCCAUACGCCACAAGAGCCAGGCCACGGUGCGGCGAGCCAGUAUAUCGUGCUUUGUGAUCUGGAUAUUUGUGGCCGCCUUGUCAACGCCGUUCCUCAUGUCGGGGACUUUAGAACGGGAGGGUAAAACGAUCUGCUUUGAACCCGGGAACAUCACGUCGUGGCAGCGCAUAUUUAUCUUGAACUAUGUGGGGGUGUCGUUUGGAUUCGUCAUUCCGUUUAUUACAAUACUGGUCUGCUACAGCUACAUCUUCUACGAACUCGUCUUUGGGCGGAAAAUCGGCAAUCAAAAGCGGCGUCGCGCUGUGUGUUUGAUCGUGGUUGUCCUGAGCACGUUCCUGCUGUGUUUCCUACCGUAUCACGUCAUCCGCACGGUCCACCUUCAUGCCGUUGUUUCAAGUCAGGACUGCCGGGUCAGAAAGUACCUCCUGAAAGUUCUGGUCAUCUCGCUGUGCAUGGCGGCAUCCAACAGUUGCUUCAAUCCCUUGUUGUACUUCUUCGCCGGAGAGAACUUCCGCGAGGCGGUCCGUAAAGCUUCAAGUGGAAAAAGGCAAAACUCCAUCAAUAACGGUGAGUUCUCGUCUCUUCGACGACGGAGCCAAUCCAGAAACUCUCAGAAGACAAGAAGCUUCACUGCUGUGCACCAAUACUGUGUGCCAUGUUCCUCAGAAAACUCCUGUCAGGUCAUAAGCAUAAAGAAGCAUGACGGCUGCGUGCCUGAAACGCAAUGCAAACUUUCGGACUCUGCAAAAAAGCAGCAGAUGACUGACAAAGCAAAGUCUGAAAUGAUUUGCAGUAGUAAAGAACAGAGGAAGAAAUCGGAGUGUGAAGAAUAUUGUUGUCAUGAAUAAGCAAACUCAAAUGUAUUUCUUUUUUUCCCUUUUUACUUCUCAACUGUGAGACUAAAAUGUUUAAAGAUGUUGGGCAUUAGAGAAGUCUAGGUGAAUCUUUUUGACUGUUUAUGCAUUUGGCAGAUGCUUUUAUCCCAAGCAUUUUACAUCAUGUUCUUGUUCAACUCAUCCAGGCACGCUCUUAAAAAUAAAGGUCACAGAUGGGGGUUUUCAUAGCAGUGUCAUUUUGGUCUUCAAAAAACCUGUGUAAAGAACAUUUUAAUAAUCUAAAGAAUCAUUUCUACUCUAAAUAACCCCAUGGAGAAACAGAGCGGUUGUAAUCACACCAGUAUCAAACACUGAAGCCGUAAAACACCCAGGUGUUAGCAUGAUGAAAACAACAGAACCGCUACGUACUAAAAACAGCACCGACUCCCCUUCAUAAAAAAAUGUUGGCUGGAUUUUUACCGCACAAAAAACCUUGUUCAUCUCUCACUGAAUUCAAUCUAUCCAUUAGCUGUCGCUUCUGCUAGUGACAGCAGCCUUAAUUGGAGCAUAGCAUUUUCAAUAUAAUGUCACCAUAUAUUUGAAUAAAUACAUAAAAUAUAAUUAA